GUGUUUGCUGCAUGGACGAUUUGAUAAUUUAUAAUAAAACGUUCAUAUGACUUGCAGACCAGUAUUCGGUAUCAUCGAUUAGUAUUUCUGAGAAAUUUGGUUUGGUACUACUUUUCACCAGGGUGAUACUUGUAAAAAAUGAAGGAAACCGGCACUUCGAAUUCAUACAAGGAAUUUAUGUCAGCAGCUGUAGUUUGCAAUAAUGAAAUUCCAUGUACUGCAGGAAAAAAUAUUCUGGCAGCAGGAGGCUCAGUUGUUGAUGCUGCCAUCACGUCUAUGUUGACAUUAGGAGUGAUAUCAUUCCAGAGCUCAGGAAUAGGAGGUGGGUUCUUCAUCGUUUACUAUGAUGCAAAAACGGGAAAAGACUAUUUUAUCGACGCAAGAUCAGUUGCUCCACUCGAAAUUGAUCCUGAAUUCUACGUUGAUAAUAAUUAUGCAAAAACAUAUGGUCGGUCAUCCAUUGCCGUCCCAGGAGAGAUACACGGCUUUUGGGAAAUACAUCAAAGAUUUGGAAUACUUCCUUGGUCAGCCCUAUUCAAGCCAGCCAUUGAAUUGGCGGAAAAAGGUUUUAGGAUGACCGCAUCAUGUUCCAACUGGCUCAGAGUGACUAUGCCAAAAGUAAAGGAAAAUGAAAAUUUAAGAAAUUUCCUGAAGAAUUCCGAUGGAACAUUCAAACAAACUGGUGAUUAUAUCAAGAGACCAAAUUUAGCGGCUACUCUCCGUAUAAUAGCAGAAGAAGGAGCUGCUGCUUUUUACAACGGAUCUUUAACAAAAUCUAUUUUAGAUGACAUAAAUGAUGGAUUUGGUUUUCCUUCUGCCAUCACAAUCAAAGACUUCAAUAUGUACAGGACUAGGAUAAGGGAGAGUACGAAACUUCAACUGGACAAUUUCACAGUGAUAUCAACGGCAGCGCCGAGUGGAGGAAAUAUGUUGGCGUAUUUACUCAAAAUCCUUCACGAAUUCAAUCUAUCUGCUGAGGAUCUUCGUCAGGAUGAAGUUUUAACUUAUCAUCGAAUUAUUGAGGCGAUGAAAUUCACAUAUUACAAGAGAAAUGUACUUGGGGAUCCUGACUUCUGUCCAAAUGUUAAUCGGAUUUUAAAAGAAAUUAUUACGGAUGAAUAUUGUAAGAACGUAAGGGAGAAAAUUGAUGAUUCACAAACUCACCCAUUACAAUAUUACGGUGAAGAUUUGACCCCGGUACAAGAAGAUCACGGUACAGGGCACUUGGGAAUAAUUGGAGAAGAUGGAAGCGCGGUCGCCAUGACCAGCACUGUUAAUCAACCAUUUGGCAGCAAUGUUCUUGGACGAAAAACUGGUAUUGUGUUCAACGAUCAGAUAGGAGAAUACUCGAUACCAGGGGAAACAGUCACUAAGAGGUGGCGUCCAAAUAACCUGCUUGAACCUGGGAAAAGAGCUCUUUCGACAACAUGUCCGACUAUUAUUUUAAGCAGAACGCCUGGAGGCCCAAAAGUAAAAAUGAUUGUAGGGGGUUCGGGAGGGACAAGGAUUGUAAGCGCUACAGCACUAACAAUUAUACGAACGCUUUGGUUUCACGAGGAUUUAGAUAAAGCAGUAAAAUCGAAGAGACUUCAUCACACCUGGUACCCGAACGUUUUGCACAUUGAGAAUGGAAUGGACCAGGACGUUGUACGUGGUCUAAAAGAGCGCGGGCACAAGAUAGAGUGGAUGGAAGGUUACUGUUCAACUGUCCAGGCAAUUCUGAAGCUAGAAAAUGGUAGAAUUGCAGCCAAAUGCGACGAAAGAAGGGGAGGAUAUCCAGACGGCUUUUGACAAAAUUAUUACAUAUACAUACGAUAUGGCCAUGAGUCUUCAUAUCCAGUAGCAGACGAUACCUGACUUCUUCAAUUAUGCACUGCUUUACCAAACUGUUCAAAAUUCAUACAUAUAGUUCAAAUUUUGUGCUUUGGCAGUAGCUUAUUAUAACCAACAUAAUACUGAGCUGAACUGGAAAGUUUCUUAUAUACAAAUUUUCUUAAAGCAA